AUACGACGGACACUACGUACGAAUGUUCACUAAGUAAUCAUGGUGAAUAUGAUUUUUUUAACGCAGUCGUGCUUUUGAACAGUGGGUGGCGCUGUGUCAGAAACUGAGAGCCGGAACCGUAGAAGAAGAAAACCUUCAGGAAAUGCCACUCGAUUAUUUGGGUUUUCCGUUCCUGCGUUAUGUGCAGACUUAUUUUUGGAGACAUUGAGCCAUAAAAUAUGAAGUUACGAUCUUUAUAAUAGUAUUAUUACCAGCUAAUAUUAAAGUGGACCUUAAGAAAAUGCCGUUGUUAAUUCAAAAUAGAGGACUUGACCGCAUAACCUCGACUAUGGAACUGUUCGACAAAUAUCCACAUUUACAGGAAAAUGCAAGAACAUUUAGCUCCAAGCCACCGGUUGAUGUCGACCCAAAGUGCCUCUUGUAUGUCUCACAAAGAGAGUUUGCUGCCACAACACCAGCAGACGAAUGUGUUUCAGUAAUUGGAUCUGGUGACGCCACCACCUGCCAUUUGGUUGUUCUGCGACACACCGGAAGUGGAGCUGUUUGCCUGGCUCACUGUGAUGGUUCCAGCACCCGGUCUGAAGUCCCGCUCCUUGUGAAAACUGUGACAUCUCUGAGUGGCUUCAGUAAGGAGGGCAGACUUGAGCUCCAUCUUGCCGGGGGAUUUAACGAUGAGUCAAAAACAUCCCAUAAACUCAGCCUUAGCAUACUGGCAGAGUUCCAGAAACUGAAAGAGGAUAUUCAUCUGGAAACAUGUUGCAUCACAGAAAUGAAUGACAUCGUUGUUGAUGGAAGUCAUCGUCCUGUCGUAUAUGGAAUAGGUGUAAAUGUUAAAACAGGGGAAGUGUUCCCUUCAUCAUUUACUUAUAAAGGACCUGCAGAGGAGCUGCGAUCGGCAAGGACCUUCACCGGGGGAGAGAUGGCAGACAUAUAUGACUCAAGUCGGGGGCUCGUUAAAGUCGGGCCUUGCAGGUGGUCUCCAAAUCUGGACAUUGCCUUCUGGUUGUCACAAGACGAUGACACAAUUUUAAAGUACCUGUCCACCUCUCCGCUGGCUGAGCCGCCACACUUUGUCCAGCACAUGAAGACCACCAUCCAGUUCCUUUUAGAACACCCCAACUCCGACAGCCUGUUCCCCGGGGGUCAGCCACAGCUCUACCACAGGACCGAGACGGGGGACUGGGAGAGGGCCGUCUAGCCAGAGAGAUCUACUCGUAUCUCUCACCGGACCUGACCAUGGAACCUGACUGCUUUAGCCUCUCAGCUCAAUGGAUACACUGUGACCCAUCCAUCCGCUGUCUGUAUUGUGUGUCAUUGUGUCUUAACAUGGAGGUAGUAUCACCUGGCUGGAGCAUCCUGCAUGUGUGUUGAAUGGCUGUCCUGACUCCUCUGGCUGGUCCAGUAAAAACAGUAGAGAAGGUACAAGUGAUUCUGUUAGUGCCUGUAACUAUUAGUUGUUCUCUUCUUGUGAGAUGGCAUCAAGUCUGCAACGUAUACCAUCUGCUGUGUUGCAGUAAAUCAAGUUUACAGUCCUACUAUACUUGGCUGUUUGGAUUGUCAAAGAAUUUAUUAACUAUAUUGUCUUAUGUCUAACACGUUUUUUUUCUUCCAAUGCCUAUUUUUGUCUUUUCCGUUCCAAACUUCCAUUGUUGAGCUUAUGGCAGUACAGUCAAGCACAAGUACAAUUCAAACUUUAUUCAUUUGCCUUUAUAUUUUUGUCAGUCAGUUAAUGUAAAAAUCAAACCUGGCCGAUCUCAAGCAAGUUGUAAUCGGGUAUUACAAUGUAAAACUAAAGGUAUGCUCUGGAAAUCUAUGCAUAAUAUGUAUUUACUGAGCAUAAAAUGUGAACACAUGUGAAUGAUCUCAAACUUGCUGUAACUACAAUGAAGAAUAAGUUUAUUUUUUUGGCACUUGCUGUUUAAAACGGUGGAAAAAAAUACUAUUUGCAAAGCUCUGCAUUGUUGAACAAAGAUUAUUUUUCUCUACCAAUGCACCUACCUGAUGAACAUGUAUAUUUUUCCUUCAUCAGACCAGUGUACACCUGGCCAUGAAUGUGUAUGUUUAGGAAACUGCAUGUGUAGAUGUGUAUACUAAUCUGCAGGGGGUGGUGUGGAUUUUUGUUGUUGUUGGUCAAAAUGAAAACAACAACAUAUAAACUGUAUAAGGCCUUUUCAUCAGUUGGGUUGUCCGGGUCAUUGCAAGGUGCUUAAAGCACUCGGUGCAACUUUUGAACAGACUAUACAUGUUGCUAAAUAAAUGUAAAUUAUCAAAUCAA